CUUUACACAUCCCUCUUUCCUCCAGACAUAUGUUCUUCCUGCACAUAAAGGAGGAGCUGGACAGUGGCAGCCUGCAGAUGGAGGCUGAGCAGGCCAAGGAGCUGUGUGCCCUCCUAGCCCAGGCUGAGUACGGAGACUACAACCAGAACACAGCCAAGUACUGCUCCAGCCAGAUCUUCAGACAGGAGCCUGACCUGGCAACCAUCAACAGCAUCCAGGAGAAGCACCGUGACCUAGAGGGUCUGAGCCAGGCGUCAGCAGAGUACCAGGCCCUCCAGCUGGUGUCCUCCCUGGAGAACUACGGAGUGGAGUGGCACUGGGCCAGGGACUCGGAGGGACAGAGGCUGGCUAUAGGGGUCGGCCCUGAAGGGGUAUCUAUCUGUCAGGAGGACUUCACCCCCACCAACAGGAUCAUUUAUCCCAUCAUCCAGAUGGCCACCCAGUCAGGGAAGAAUGUGUGCAUGACCAUCACUAAGGACAGUGGUGAGGAUGUGGCCCUGCUGUUUAAGAUGACAAGCACCAGAGCUGCCAGCGGCCUGUACCGGGCCAUCACAGAGACCCACGCCUUCUACAGGUGUGACACGGUGACGAACGACGUGAUGAUGCAGUACAGCCGUGACUUCAAGGGUCACCUGGCGUCUCUCUUCCUCAACGAUAACAUCGACCUGGGCAAGAAGUAUGUCUUCGACAUCCGGCGCACCUCCAAGGAGGUCUACGACCACUGCCGCAGGGCGCUCUACAACGCCGGCAUGGCAGGGGACUGUGUGUCCGGCAGGCAGAGCCCGUCGCGGUCCCCUGGGGUGGGGGAAGGAGGCUGUGAGGGGUGCCAGAGGAGCCGGGUGCUGGAGGAGAAGCUGCAGCAGCUCCAGGAUGCUCUGCUGUGUAUGCUGUGCUGUGAAGAGGAGAUGGACGCUGCCUUCUGCCCCUGUGGACACAUGGUGUGCUGCCACAACUGUGCCGUCCAGCUAGAG